UCUCAUGCUUGGUCUGACUCUUGGUGAAGUCAUUUCCAUGAGAGUGGCACUCCCUGAGCUUGGACCCUGAACUCUGUCAUAAAGAGGAAGAGAUUCGCUUUCACAUAGACACACAAGAGUUGUGUGCAUCACAGAAUACGCAUUUUCAUAUCAAGACUACUGAGCAGGGUUUCUACACAUAAACUGGCAAAAUGGCAAAUAAAGGUCCAGCCUAUGGUCUGAGUCGUGAGGUGCAGAGUAAGAUUGACAAGAAGUAUGAUCCAGACCUGGAGGAUCGGCUGGUGCAGUGGAUCAUCGCUCAGUGUGGGGAUUCUGUAGGAAAACCGAAACCUGGAAAACAAGACUUCCAGCAAUGGCUUAAGGACGGAUGUGUUUUAUGUGAGCUGAUUAACAGUCUUGCUAAGGAUUCAAAGCUUGUGAAAAAGAUCCAAAGUUCUGCAAUGGCUUUUAAACAGAUGGAGCAGAUCUCUCAGUUCCUUGGUGCUGCUGAACGCUAUGGGGUCACCAAGUCUGACAUGUUUCAAACAGUUGACCUGUGGGAGGGUAAGGACCUUGCCGCUGUGCAAAUGACACUGAUGUCUUUAGGGAGUCUUGCUGUUACUAAGGAUGAUGGCUGUUACCGCGGAGACCCCAGUUGGUUCCACAAGAAAUCCCAGGAGAACAAGAGGGAGUUCACUGACGAGCAGCUGAAAGAAGGUCAGAGUGUAAUCGGCCUACAGAUGGGCACUAACAAAGGGGCAUCGCAGGCGGGCAUGACUGGUUACGGUCGACCUCGGCAGAUCUUUAACAACUAGUAAAGGCCUGACGAUCCGUGAUCUGUCCUUCUUGGCCCAUCAGCAGGGCAGACCAGAUUUAGUCUCACUUAAACCUUCAACAAUCCCCAGCUGGACAAUAACAAUGAACAGAACACACACGGCUUAAACCAGAGUUUACAAAUUCAUUGUGUCAUUUCAAAAUAAAGCUGCUCUAGGCCUUUGCUUCAGAAACCAACUAUUCCCUACACAUGAGCUGAUAUCCUAUACAUUCCAUUACAAUUCCAUUAGUCUGCCGUAAAUUCUAUUAGGGUGCAGACGGACAUACAUUCCAUUAUUCUGUUAUAUACAUUCCAGAGAAACGCAUUCUGCUGCACUCCAUGAGAACAAAAUGCCUAUAAGUUGAAUUUGGCCUUGCACAGUCACGUGUUGUCUUGUGUUUCUGUGGAUCUGAUUUGUAUGCUUCAUUUCCUGAUCUAAAAUCAAUAUGAAUCUAGGGCUUUACAUCAAUACGUUUAUACAUUGUACAUGAGUGACUAAUAAUUGAUUUUGCUAAUAAAAUUCAGUUAAAUUUUGAAAUCUCA